AUGACUAAACUAUCAAAGUGGCUCAAAGGAAAUCUCAAGGAUAACGUUAAGGAAACAUUUGAAGCGACUAUCGAACAUCUGCUUAAGUUAAAACCUCCCGUAAAAAAAGGCAAUGAAAGACAGGCCUUGAUGUCUUCAUUACAAGCUUUGAUGAAAAAUGACGAAUCCGUACGUGAAGAAUACGAAUCUCUAAAUGCGUGGGUUAACGUUAAUAAUUCUGAGAAAGAGAAGGAGAAAAAUUUAAAGAUGAUUGUUAAAGAACACCAAGCUAUAUUCAAAAAAGCUCGUGUUGUUCAGUACAAUAUCUCUUAUGGAACAAGUUCCGCACAAACGCAAAAUUCAAACAAUAUCGCGAGUGAACAUGAAGUUUCUACAGACAUUAAAAAAGCUCAGGAAAUAAAUCCACUAAAUGGACAGAAAGUAAAAGAAGAGAAGGAGAACAACUUAUUAUCACGAAUUCCGCAUAAGUUUUCAUUCUCGGCAUCCAAACAAGGUUCUUAUGUGGAACCAAUUUUAGAGCAUGUCGAGAAAGCGCUUUUCAGAUUUGUUGUAAAGAAUCGGGACUACAUUCCUUCUGACACAGUAAAAGAAUUCGCACUUAAAUGCAACCCCCCGCGAAAUAUUGAUUUUUCGGAUGCAGACAUAUUGUGUCUUUUAAACUUCAUUACGAAACAUAUUUCCUUGUUUAUGAUUCCGCAUUCCGACCAAACGCUGUUUUAUGGCGAAUAUAAAUUAAAACCUUUAGAUGUUCUUCAAUCUUUUAAAAUUGAGGCGAGGAACCACCAUGCGCACGGUAUAACAAAAUCCAAAGGAAAAUGGAACGAUGAAAAAUUACAAAGGCUCUCAACCUUAGCAUUAGAGUUGGUCGAUUGUCUUG